AUGUACCUCUCGAGCCUGAAGUCGGACCUCCAGACCCUUCACAAACGUCUUCCCUCUAAUUUUGAAGAUACUCGCCCCCUUGGCAUGGCUUUCUAUGCUACCAGCCUGGGCUUAUACCAGCUUUCUCUAAGCAUGUUCAACCGGCGGCGCGAGCAAAAUAUCAAUCCUUCCGAGAUACAAUAUGAUGAGAUGGCGUGUGCCGCAAUCAAUUCUGCUGAAGCUUUACUAGACCUAUACCUCUCCCUUCCUGCUGGACUGGAAGUAGGGUUUACCAACUCCAUGUGGAUUCAGACAGCGUUUGCCAUGUUGAUUGCAUAUAGACAUACUGCUGCCAUGGCAACGUCAACACAGGCAGUGGCGUUACUUCGCACACUCUCACAGCUCCGUGAACGCUUAGAGGGUCUCUCAACUUCCGCCGUGGAUAUGAAUGGCGACCGAGAUACCUUUGUCGAUUUCAGGAGUAGAGUGUCUCGAAUAGAAGAAAGGCUAAUUAGUCACACUGCGAUGCAAGAACAAACUUCGGAACAUACACCACAUCCGGAUGAAACUUUUGUCGGCGGUAUGGGCGGAACCCCGGUGGCCGAAGAUUUUGGAGGCACUAUGUCUUAUGAUGGCAUGCUCCUGAAUCCGGAAGUAGGCUGUGGGAUGGCCAAUGAUUUUCUGUUUACUGCUUCUCUCGACCAAAUCAUGAGCAGUUGGCUUUGA